AUGAAAGUAGAUGGAACGAUCAGAUGGAUCACCCUCAGCUACAGCGCAUCUUCUCUCUACAGUCUUACUGCUGAUGGAAAGUACAGAAGUACGAGUAUUGGUGAAAAUAAGUGGAGAAAUCUACUGCCAACGUCGUCUCUGCAGGACUAUUGCAAUAGGGAAGGUUUCAACACAAAAGGCACUUAUUCAGGAUACAGCUCAUAUCAUGCUGGAGCUCGUCUGGGAUUUAUUGCUAACAAUCAGAACAAUUUUUAUACACCAGACUCAUUUCUUGGUUUUGGAACACAGUACAGGAGCAGCAGAAAUAGUGCUGGAAACCACUAUGAUCGCGUAAAUACUAAAACAAUUGCCUAUAUCAUGGCACGAUGA